AUGGAGGCAUUCAUUAAUGCCCAAAGCAGAAAGAACAAUGAAUUGGAGGAAGGGUAUAAGCAAUUGCAAACCCACAAUAAAAUGAUGGAAACGCAAAUAACUCAACUUGUUAGCACUCUCAAGGAAAAGUCUAGUACCUCUUUGCCUAGUCAAGGCAUAGACCCUAGAGAGCAUGCCAAUGCCAUUGUCACGCGUAGUGGGAAGAGUCUAGGAGAAGUCCAAGUCGAAGAGGUGGGUAAGUCUAGUGAGACCCUGUCGCCACAAAUUGUUAAAGAUCAUGAUGAUGAAUUGGAUGAACAUGAUAAAUCUCAACAAGUUGCGAUGGAAAAUGAAAAUCAACCAAAGAACGAGGACGUCUUGAGAAAACUCUAUGUUAACAUCCCCUUCACCGAUGCGAUCAAGCAAAUGCCCACAUACGCUAAGUUUCUCAAGGACAUCUUGAGCAACAGGCGGAAUGUGGACUUUGUAGAAAUGAUAAACAUACCGGAGACUUGUAGUGCUAUAAUUCAAAACAAAUUGCCUACAAAACUCAAGGACCCCGGUAGUUUUUCGAUUCCAGGUGCUAUUAAUGAUCUGAUAAUUGAUCGUGCUUUAUGUGAUCUAGGUGCUAGCAUUAAUUUGAAGCCCCUCUCAAUGUGCAAAAGAUUGAACCUUGGUGAAUUGAAACCGACUAACAUUUCUCUUCAAUUAGCCGAUCGCUCGGUUAAGAUGCCCAUGGGAAAGCUAUAG